UCUUCUAUUUUCACAGCAGCUGGAAGAACAAGCCGAACAAUUACACACAAAAACCCCCGCCACUGGAGUGCAUCAGGUAAACUACAUAACACAACUGUAUUUUAAUAUGCUUUUGAAUGUUAUAAAACCAAGUUAAAAACGUUUUCAGCACAUUGCCGUUUCUGUUUCCAAAUGACUCGCUGAUGUUUAUCAUUGUCUGAUUCAAGCUUGAAUUUCAGAGAGUUCCAGUUUGCCCAGACUAUGUUUUUUGCCAUUGAGGAGAUUAACAACAGCACAGAGCUACUUCCUGGUGUUUCUCUGGGAUAUCAUGUUUAUGAUACUUGUGGUUCUGUUGUCAGAAGCCUGAAAGUAGCACUUGCUUUAAACAAUGGUAAUGACAAUGUGCCACUGUUGUCAGAUGGGUCAUGUUCUAGACCGGUGCAGUUGCAAGCCAUAGUUGGGGAAACGUCUUCCUCUCCCAGUACAGCAAUAGCUACUGUUAUUGGACCUUUUCAUAUCCCACUGAUCAGCCACUUUGCUACAUGCGCCUGUCUUAGUGACAAAUCCAAGUAUCAGUCCUUUCUCAGAACCAUACCCAGUGACUACUAUCAGAGCAGAGCUCUGGCUCACUUGGUCAAACACUUUGGUUGGACUUGGGUUGGAGCUGUUAGAACCAAUGACGACUAUGGCAACAACGGCAUGGCAACGUUCUCGGAAGCCGCACAGCAGCUCGGCAUCUGUCUGGAAUAUUCUGUUGCUUUCUUCAGGACGGACCCAACAGAAAAAAUACAAAAGAUUAUUGAUGUUGUCAAAGCUUCAACUUCAAAAGUGAUUGUUGCUUUUGUCUCACACUUGGACAUGGAUGUGCUGAUACAUGAGAUGUCCCUUUACAACCUGACAGGGUACCAGUGGGUCGGCAGUGAGUCGUGGAUCUUUGAUUCUCAAAUUGCAGCAAAGGAUAAGAAUCGCAUGCUGGAUGGUGCUUUAGGCCUUUCUAUCCCCAAAGCACAAGUCAGCGGCCUUAGAGAGUUCAUGAUGGAUGUGAAACUGUUCAAUUCAUCAAAUGAUGGCUUAUUCACAGACUUCUGGGAGGCGUUAUUCGGCUGCAAGUUCAAACAGUCACAGUCAGAAAAGAUACAGAGAGAAUGUACCGGACACGAGGAUCUGACUGGAGUGGAAAACGGCUUUACUGACAUGUCACUGAUGCCCAUAUUUAACAACGUCUAUAAAGGAGUGUACGCAGUGGCCCACGCUCUGCACGAUAUCCUCACAUGUAAUAAAACAUGCAACACCAGCAUUUUGCAGCAUAUUAAAACAAUUCGCUUUAAAACUAAAGAAGGAGAAGUUGUUCAUUUCAAUGAAAAUGGAGAUCCAGCUGCAAAGUAUGAGAUUAUUAACUGGCAGCCAAGACAAACUGGCACGGUGGAUUUUGUGUCCGUUGGUCUUUAUGAUGCAUCGUUACCUGCAGGCAAGCAGCUGGAUUUAUACAACACGUCCUUAAUUUGGUCACAGAGUCUAACGCAGGUUCCUGUUUCUGUUUGCAGUGAGAAGUGUCCUCCAGGAACACAGAAGGUUCUGCAGAAGGGAAGACCUGUUUGCUGCCACGACUGCCUAAAGUGUGCAGAAGGAGAAAUGAGCAACAUUACAGAUUCCAUCACCUGUGUGAGAUGCCCCACAGAAUCCUGGUCAAAUGACAGAAGAGAUGCCUGUGUAACAAAGGAAAUCGUUUUUCUGUCAUACGAAGACAUUAUGGGAAUGCUCCUGACUGCUGCAGCUUUAUUUGGGACGUCUCUGACGGCUGCAGUAGCUUUUAUUUUCUUCAGGCACAGGAAAACUCCUCUGGUCAGAGCAAACAACUCUGAGCUGAGCUUCCUGCUGCUCUUCUCACUGUCCAUGUGUUUCCUCUGCUCUCUGACCUUCAUCGGCCAGCCGUCAGAGUGGUCCUGCGUGCUUCGUCACACAGCUUUUGGCAUCACCUUCGUCCUCUGUCUGUCUUGUGUUCUGGGCAAAACCAUGGUGGUCCUGAUGGCUUUUAGGGCCACUCUUCCAGGGAGAAAUGUGAUGAAACUGUUCGGGCCUACACAGCAGAGACUCAGUGUUCUGGGCUUCACUCUGAUACAAGUGAUCAUAUGUGUCCUCUGGUUGGCCAUUUCUCCUCCGUUCCCAUCUCAGAACUUCAAGGAGUUCAAAGAUAAAAUCAUCUUGGAGUGUUCUCUGGGCUCAGCUGUUGGGUUCUGGUCAGUACUCGGGUACAUUGGACUUUUGGCUAUUUUGUGUUUCAUUUUUGCUUUUCUGGCUCGAAAACUGCCCGAUAACUUCAACGAAGCUAAAUUCAUCACCUUCAGCAUGUUGAUAUUCUGUGCCGUGUGGAUCACUUUCAUCCCAGCGUAUGUCAGCUCUCCUGGAAAGUUCAGUGUUGCUGUAGAAAUCUUUGCUAUUCUAGCUUCUAGUUUUGGAUUACUGAUUUGUAUCUUCAUCCCAAAAUGUUACAUCGUGUUGCAGAAACCAGAAAGAAACACUAAAAAGAAUAUGAUGGGAAAGAGAGUGCCAAAAUCAUUUUGAAGAGAGCAUUUGUUACAAAACCUGAUGAAUUUACUCACAAAUUGCAAAUGUGUGUUUGGGAACCACUCUCUGUAAGUUUCAGUCUGCUUAUUUGAUCAAGACUAUGCUGCACUUUACAUGUUAACUGGGAAAAGGAACACUUUUUGCCAUCCUUUAAGUUUAAAGCUUUAAGUUGUUUUCCAAAGUACACCUGAAAUGGACAGUUACCAUGAGGAGCCAUCUUGGUUUAUUUCUCUAAGAGUUUAAAAUAAAUUUUGUCUAAAAAAACAAAAACAAAAGACUAAUUCCCAGAAAUUAUAUUGUUGCAGCAGCCAUUUCUGACUUCAGAGACUUAAGAUAGAUUAGUCAGAGUUUAGUCAUGUACAUUCCAUCCAUCCAUCCAU